AACGCCAUUCUUCGCCAAACUGUGUGAUAACGGAGCUGCAGGGAGUUCGUACCGCAUCAGUGUGAGCUGAGUGUGAGCUGAGUGUGAGCUGAGUGUGUGAGAGAUGGACUACGGCCUCCCGCUGCACGUCGCCAACUUCAGCACGCUGUUCGUCUGCGCUGUGCUGAAGUUCCCGCAGAUGUUCGUGCUCUUCCGCGCCAAGUCCAGCGCGGGGGUCAGUCUGAACAGCCUGCUGCUGGAACUGCUGGGGUUCAUAGUGUUCGUGUCCUACCAGAUGUACUAUGACUAUCCUCCUCCUACGUACCUGGAGUAUCCCAUCCUCAUCGCUCAGGAUGUCAUCCUGCUGCUUCUGAUUCUGCACUAUAAUGGAAACCUGAAGCAAAGCCUCGUCUAUGCAGCCGUGUUUGUAGGCGGCUGGAAACUCCUCACCAUUGAGAAGUGGGUCAUUGACCUGGCGAUGAGUCUGUGUACGUUCAUCAGUGCGGGCAGUAAACUGGCGCAGCUGCAGUGUCUGUGGAGGUCUAAAGACUCAGGACAGGUCAGCACUUUGACCUGGGCUUUGGCCUCAUACACAUGUCUGGCAAGAAUCUUCACUACAGUGGUGACGACUGGAGACACUCGGGUUCUCGUCCGGUUUGUUGCCAUGACGAUCCUGAACGUGUGGGUGACGCUCACGGUGAUGUACUACAAACCCACCGCCAAGAAACAGGACUGAGGCGCGUCCGUUCGUGGGACUGUUCAGAGUUCAUUCCUUCAUUUCCCUGGACCUCUUCUUUGUGUUGACCAAUGUCCACACCUGGUUCACCUCACUGAUAUUUACUCCUGAAUCAGGUGAGCUGGAGUAAUCUGGCCUACACUGAGUGGCCAGUUUAUCAGGUCCACCUACCUUGAUAUUACACAUACUAUAUACACCGGUCAGGCGUAACAUGACCACCUCCUUGUUUCUACACUCACUGUCCACUUUAUCAGCUCCACUUACUGUAUAGCUGCUCU